AUGGGGGCUACGUGUGGAAAACCAACCGCUGCAGCUGAACCAAAGACGCGAAAAGCUGCAGUAGAGGUUUCAGGCUCGCCACCAGACGCAAACAUGACCCAAAAGGAAACAGUUGGGGCCUCAGCUGCUUGCUCGAAGCCGUAUAUUACUGGUUCUGCUGCGGAUGCACCAGCUGCAGCACUACAGGCAAAGGAAUUCAGUGCUCCGUUUUCUGUCCUGCUGGUCGUAUCCGAGCGCCACGAGGCUGCUGGCAUUAAAGACGGCGAUGAUGGAUAUAAAACUGUGGGCAAUAACGGUGAUGAGACAUCGCAGACAAAUGCGGGGACUGAACCAACAGGAGAAGAGGCUCAACACGGCAAGACAGAGGGGACCUCUGCACAAGCAGGAGCGGAGGGUCCAGCGGAGCGUGUGGGUAAUGAGGAGACAGCAACCGAACGUCGCAGUAAGGAGGAGGCUCCGACUGUCUCUGACGGCAAUGAAAAGCAAGAAGGAACAAAGGAAAAGAAAAUGGAAGAGAAGGGGGGCGGUAAACCGACGAUAUUCCAGGACUCAUCAGAAGAAGUUGCUGACGUAACGGCGCCGAAGGUGCUGCAGCAGAUGCAGGUUCUCCGCCACCUGCCUGAAGGCCGCUCCCCAAACUUCUCUCUCUUGCAUUUUAUUAUUGUUGUCCCACUUUCCAAGACAAAAGCAGAGGAAGCCCUCAAGGAUGGAUGGGUUAUUGACGAGCAAAACGUUGAACAGCUUCGGAAACAAGUUGACAGACUUAAUGGCGUUAUGAUCGCCUCCGUACAGGAGAAGGCGGCCCAGUGA